GUGUAACUUAUUUGUCACAGCCUAGGCCCGAUAGGAGUUUUAAUCAAAGAGUAACUGUGCAAGAGAGAUGAUUUUAUUGACGAUGUUGGCCCGAGUGGCUGACGGGCUGCCGCUGGCCGCGUCUAUUCAAGAUGAAGAACAGUACGAGAGAGACCUCCAGCAGUACCAGACUCAGGCCAAACAGCUUUUCCGCAGACUGAAUGCUCAGAGUCCAGACCGGUGCACUCUGGAGGCUGGAAACCUAAACUUUCAUUAUUUAAUUGCAGAGGGUGUGUGUUAUCUGUGCCUUUGCGAGCCUUCCUUCCCAAAAAAGGUAGCUUUCGGAUACCUCGAUGACCUCCACAAUGAGUUCUUUGACCAGUAUGGAAGGAGGGUGAGCACAGUCACUAGACCCUACACUUUCAUUGAGUUUGACAAUUACAUCCAAAAGGCAAAGAAGAUGUAUGUUGAUAGCAGGGCAAGGAGAAACCUGGGCAGCAUCAACACAGAGUUGCACGAUGUCCAGAGAAUAAUGGUUGCCAAUAUUGAAGAAGUUCUGCAACGUGGGGAAGCCCUUUCUGCUUUAGAUACAAAGGCCACCAAUUUGUCAUCAUUAGCAAAGAAGUAUCAGAGUGAUGCCAAGUAUCUCAACACUCGCUCAACUUAUGCAAAACUGGCUGCUGUGGCAGUGGUCGUCCUGACACUCAUCAUCUAUGUACGCUUCUGGUGGCUCUGAUAUGAACUCAAUCAGGGACUUAAACACUGAGUUUUAUAAAUUAGCCAUUUAAAUGUAUCUUCUCAAUGGACCACUAAUGCUCAGAAUUUACCUGGAGUUAUGUUACAUUAAACUGAGCCAUUUUUCUUGGCGGUAACUUGUGACACGCAAAGCUGGAAUGUUGUUUACUUACUGUGGGUGUUUAACAUAUUGAAUGGGUGGGAGAAGUAACAUGCAGGGAAAUGUUUACAGUAGAUUAAAUCUUUAUCAAAUAAAAGUUACUUUCCAACAGUU